AUGGCGACAGGAGUGGGACUCAUACGACUCGAACCACCAGAUCCUUUCAACUUUCGGCAGCCAGAUGACUGGCCGAGGUGGAAGAGAAGAUUCACACAGUUUCGAAUCGCUUCAGGCCUGGCAGACGCGGACGAAGUACGUCAAGUGUCCACGUUACUCUACUGCAUGGGAGAGGACGCAGAGGGAGUCCUAACUUCCACCAACAUCACGGAAGACAACAAAAAGAAGUACAAUGAGGUGAUUGCUAAAUUCGAAGAAUUUUUCCGCAUACGUCGCAACGUGAUCUACGAGAGAGCGCGCUUCAAUCGACGAAAUCAGUUGGAGGGAGAGUCUAUCGAGCAGUAUAUCACCGCUUUGUACGAACUGGUCGAGACAUGCAAAUACGGAGGUUUGCAACAGGAAAUACUGAGGGACAGAAUUGUCGUCGGCAUAAGAGACCAGGCGCUAUCAGAACGUCUACAGUGUGACGCUGAGCUUACGUUGGAGAAGGUCAAACGAUCUACAAGACAGAGAGAAGCCGUGAAAGAACAGCAUAAACAUCUGCAAGGUGACGGCAGCAAGGAUCAUCCAGUCGUCAUAGAGCAAGUGCGAAACGGCGCUAAAAGCGGCACAGCAGGCGGUAAAAGCGGCACCACAGGUGGCAAAUCGCAAGCAAGCAGACACCAGUUUGGCGGCGGACGGUCAAAGUCGGCAACCCCACCCGCGAGACACCAAUGUAAGCGCUGCGGAAGAUAUCAUGCUAAAAAAGCCCACUGUCCAGCAAGACAAGCCAGGUGUUCAAAGUGUAACCGAAAGGGUCACUUUGGAGCUCGAUGUUUCUCGAAGACAAUCGAAACUGUGGACAGUGAGAGUCGAGACGGGGCCUAUGUAUUUCCAGUGAACGUAUCCAAAAGAAUCACAUGGUCUUCCAAAAUUUCAGUAGGAGGCAAAGAGCUAACAUUCAAGUUAGAUACGGGGGCGGAGGUGACAGUGAUCACAGAAGAGGCACAUAGAAUGUUAGAAAUGCCAAAGUUGCAGAAACCGUCCAAAGCCUUGUAUGGACCAACAUCUACAGCUCUUCGGACAUUGGGACAAUUCACAAGUACACUAUCAGUGAAUAACAAGACAUCAGAGGAGACUAUCUUCGUUGUCCAGGGAUUGAAAACGAAUUUACUAGGGUUACCGGCUAUCACAUCGUUACAACUUGUCCACAGGAUCCAAGCGACCAGUGUAGGAAUCACCAUACCAGACCGAUUUCCCAAAGUUUUUCAGGGACUGGGUAAUCUUGGUGAUCCAUACAAAAUCAAGCUUAGAGAGGCAGCCAAGCCCUAUGCGCUGUACACACCCCGGAAUGUUCUAAUUUCUCUCAGACAACAAGUCAAAGAAGAACUAGAUCGAAUGGAAAAGAUUGGCGUCAUCUCACAAGUGGAAGACCCUACAGAAUGGUGCGCUGGUAUGGUUGUAGUCAGGAAAAAGACAGGAGACGUCCGGAUUUGCGUGGAUAUAAAACCCCUCAACGAGAAUGUACUACGAGAGAUUUACCCCAUACCCAAAGUGGACGACAUACUUGCUCAAUUGGCGGGAGCCACAACGUUUAGCAAAAUCGAUGCUAAUAGUGGGUUUUGGCAGAUACCUCUAGAGGUGGAAUCUAGGCUACUGACUACCUUUGUCACUCCUCAUGGACGGUACUGCUUCAACAAGUUACCAUUUGGCAUCGCUAGUGCGCCCGAGCUUUUCCAACGGCGAAUGAGCAAGAUUCUUUCGGGAUUACCUGGAGUAUUAUGUCACAUGGACGAUGUUCUCAUAUUCGGAUCAAGACAAACGGAACACGACGGCCGACUGACUUCGGUCUUACAACGACUGCAAGCAGCAGGAGCAACUCUAAAUAAGACCAAAUGUGAGUUUGGGGUACACACCGUCAAACUUCGUGGUCACAUUAUCGAUGGCAAGGGAAAAUUUUCACCACAUCUUUCAGAGAUAAGUCAACCUUUGAGAGAGCUGUUGAGUACGAGAUGCUCAUGGUUAUGGAAACAUCCACAAGAGCAAGCAUUCACAAGAAUCAAAGAUGAAUUGACUCGUCCUACUGUCCUGGAGCUGUACAAUCCGCAGAAGAAGGUGAAAGUAUCCGCUGACGAGUCAUCACACGGUCUAGGCGCGGUACUUCUUCAACAAGCCGGAGAUAACUGGAAGCCGAUAGCAUACGCAUCACGACUUCGUUUGGCGAGAUACGACUUCACGAUUGAACAUGUACCUGGGAAACUGCUUUAUACAGCUGACACGUUGUCAAGAGCACCCCUACAAGAACAGAUCACGGAGGAUUCUCUACAGGACGAUGUUGAGACCUUCAUCAAUGAGGAAGUUGCUAAUUUACCAACUACAACGGACAGACUACAAACGUACCGAGAAGCACAAGCUAGAAAUGCCACGUGUGCCCAAGUGAUGCAGUACUGUCAGUCACAAUGGCCCGACAAAUGUCCUGAGGAGACUUCUCUAAUCCCGUUUUGGAGAGUAAGAUCGCUACUGACGGUACACAACGACCUACUGCUAUACAACAACCGUGUAGUGAUUCCGGACGAACUCAGAAAAGACGUCCUGACAAAAAUUCAUGAGGGUCAUCAGGUCAUAGUUCGUUGCAGACAGAGAGCACACAUCUCCGUCUGGUGGCCGGGGAUAACACAAUAA